CGGCUAAAAUCUAAUCGAAACCCUUUCUUCAGUCUUCUUCUUCACAAUCACUUCCCCCAAAUCUCACCGGUGACGCUUCCGUCGACAGGGUUUUUAUUUUGGGGAAGAAGAUGUUGAAGUUUCUAUCAAAAGUAAGAAUUGAGUUCAACACAUUGGAUCCAAGACUCGCGUCUUGUGUUGAGUUCUUGGCUCAGUGCAAUGCACGGAAGGCCAAAGAGUCGAAUCCCAAUUGUCAGGUUUUGGUGAAACGUAGAACAGAUGAGCAGCCGCCGCAGAUCACUGUCACCUUUGUCAAUGGCGUUGAGGAAGCUUUUGAUGCAGCUGCAACAUCUGCUCAGUCGAUUCGAAAGAUGAUUCUCGAUAAAGGUAAUUAUCUUGAGACAGAGCAGAUGUUUCGUGAAGCCGGUGAUCAGUGGCCUGUGCUUAUCCCUGAUGAAGAGAUUCUCCAAGAGGCUCCUGGUGUUAAGCCGAGAAAAGCAGAAGACAAGAAGUGAUGCUGCUGCGUCAUUGAUAUCUCUUGGUGUAAUCUCAUUGAAUUGGCAAAACUAGCUUUUUGGAAUGUUCACUCAGUACGCUGCAACUCGAUAUGUAUCUCAAGCUUAGCUUUUUCUUUUUUAUGUUUUGUUUCGGGUUUGGACAGAGAUAGAUUUGUAUUGUUUCCUUGUUAUGUGAACCAGAAAUGGAUGAACUUUUGAUCAGGAACCACGCCUAAGACAAUGCUGGUGGAAGCUCUAAGAUUAAAAUUAUCAAAAUCAGCACGUUCUUUUCA